AGCAAAGGAGAGCGGUACCGCGGGUACUCGGUGCCGGUGGUUCGCCGCGCGAGCGACGACGCUGCUCGCGAUAAUGCGAUAGUGUUGGUCUGUUGGUCCGCACGUUUAGCGGCUAGCACAGUUGAUAAAAGAUAGCAGUUCUACCGAAGACAAGUCAGUAUUCACCCCGCUGCUGCUGAUCGACGAAUCCAUUCGAUUUCAUCGAUCCUGAGCGCACGGAGGGUUGAAUCCGAUAGCGAAACGCCUUCGCAUCAUCUCGAUGAAGAUCCUCGUUUGUUGAAGUACAAUAUACCGUACGAUUUACAUAAUUCGAUCUGAGAAACACGAGGAAGUAUUUUUCAUCGUUGGAAGAAACCUUGUUUUCAAGUAUCGUUGAAGAAAUUUAUGUUUUACGCAGAGCGUUGAAGAAAUGAGCUAAGAACGCAAAAGUUUACAAGAUAAAUAUUUUUAUCCUAUCGAGAGCAUGUCAUUUGUGAGCAUGAGCGUCUUGCGAUGACGAUGAAAAAGACUGGUCUUGACGAAUAAAUCGAAGAUCAAGAGCAAGACCAAAAAUCGGAUAUCAUCGGAGAAUGUCAGGAAGAAAACAUCAAUGUCAUUGUAUUCAAACACGUCGUCCCUCAUUUUUUUAACUGAUUACGCAUUUUCUUUUUCCUUCUUGCUUACGUAUUAGUUAAUAAUUUCGAAAGCGCAAACCAUGCAGAAUGACCAGCGGUGCGACUAUUAAAUUCGAUCCGGAUUGGGUGAGAAUGGUCGAGUUGCGCGCGGCUAGUGCCGGGAUGACCGGGGGCCUGGACAGGAGAUCCUCGAAUCGCCUGCACUACGCCAUCCUGACGAUCCUGGACACGAUAUUCUCCGCUCUCAUGAUUGCGCCCGCGGUGGUCGGUUACUGGCGCGGCACCUGGGAGCUCAGCGACUUCUACGUUUACCCGAACGAGCCGGUGUUAAGCACCUUCGCAUCGAUCGCGAUCGGCUUCACCGGUCUCUUCGUCUUCAACGUGCUGCAACACAGCCUGGUCGAUAUCCUCCAUCCGGACAAGCAUCGGCUGUCUUAUUAUCUCGGCUCGCGGCUCUACACCAGCGUGUUCGGUCUAUGUUGCGUUAAUGCCUGGCGUGGCAUUUUUAAUGCCCUGGACAUCUACACGGAGCAGACCCCCGGUACCAUCGUCGCCACGACCGCCGUCAGUCUCCUCGCGCUCGGCAUCAUGCGCGCGAUCCGCAACCUCUCCGCGCCACCGUUUGCGCUCGUUCUCGACUCGUGUUCGGGUUACUUUGAAGUGCAGACUAUGUUCCGCGUCAAUAAUACAAGGGACUGGUCAUUGUACUUACUGGAUUGUGCCUUUAGCGUCGGUGUUGUUGGCACAUUGAUUGUUUUCGUUUGGAGAGGGGUUUGGAUCCUCAUCGAUAUUUAUCUAUUUCCGGAAAAUCCCAAAUGUUCUGCCGUUGGCUCACUGGCUAUCGGCUAUUUUUUAGUCGCCGUGACGUUUUGUUUGCAACCGUUGAUGCGAUACGUCUGCGCGCGUCUUCAGGGUCUGGUUCUCUUAAUAGUCGCGGAUGCUUUUCUCCUUCUGAGCUUCCUGGGGACCGUGAACGUCUGGCGUGGUAUAUGGAAUGCGCUCGAUCUGUGGCUGUUGCCGGAUAAUCCGGAAUUAUCCUGCUGGAUCACCCACAUCGGCAGUUUCGUCUUUCUCGUCCUCCUUAAUUGUAGCAAUACCAUUCUUGUACGUGGCGUUUACAUCGAUGCCGAGGAAGAGGCAGGGAAGUGCGUCGUGUUUCCGUGUCAUUAUCUUCGAUUAUUCUUUAAGAUCGAACGCGAAAAGAAGCAAGCGAGACAGCAGAAUCUACUGGCUUCUCAACAUUUCGAUGGUCGUACCAAUGUAAACGAAAAGGACAGCGAGAAUGGAACUCUCCUGCCGAAUAAUACGAUUAAACCCGCGAAUGCGGACUCUCUAGGAUAGAUGAUACGAGAUGACACGCUGAUUUAUCAUAGACGCGAUAAUUCGAGCGGGGGAGGAUGAUAUGACACGUACGAGUUCAAUCGUGCGAAGAAAACUCGCAUUUGCGAAUGUUUAUGCGAGACAGUGUUUCUUUCCAGAUUGAACUGUCAUCCUCAUUUUGUGUGUCCAUUCUCGAAACGUUCUCUCGAAAGGAAGCGCGAUUAUUCCUUAAAUCGUGAUCCUAAGCAGAGCCGGAGAAUCAGGAUGUGUGUAAAGAGUGAGUUAUAAAGAAGAUGUCUUGACUAGUGAUUCGCGCAACAGAAAAAAACGGCCAGAAGGACUGUCAAGAACGAUGCAUUUGCAGUAAGACUCCGUAUGAUCAUUAUCAAGAGCAAUUUUUGCAAUGUAAUAUAGUAAUAUAUGAUAUGCAAAUGUGUCAUGCUAUAUUAGACGACGAAAAUUAGAAUCUUAAAAGUAGGAAUUAACGCUGCCGUGUAUUUUGUCUUCAAAGGUCAUUCGUAUAAUUAAUUAUACCUGAGGAAAAACUAAUGUGCAAUAUAUAUAUUU